AUGGCUCGACUCCGGAGGAAAGCGUGCAUCGCUCUGUUCCUCUUCACGCUUUUCAUCUUUGGCACCAUGAUGGGACUGAGGACCCUGAAGCCGCCCAGCGACGGGUUCUCGGAUCUGGCUCCGGGCUUGGAGCUCCUGCCGAUGUUCGCUGGAAAGGUGGACCGGCGCUCCGUGUCCCGUGGCACCACCGCGUCCCCGGGACAAGCCCGCCCGGCCGGCAGCAUCUCCAAAGCGGUUCUGUCCAACUCCGGCCCCGAGGGAACUAUAUUCUACGAUGUUCACAUUUUCUACUACAGCUGGUACGGCAACCCGCAAAUGGACGGCAAGUACAUCCACUGGGACCACCUCCUGGUUCCGCACUGGGACCCCAAAAUCGCAUCCAGCUACCCGAGAGGGAGACACAUGCCGCCCGAAGACAUCGGCGCCAGCUUCUACCCCGAUAUCAACCCGUACAGCUCCAGGGACCCGGACGUGCUGGAGUCCCACAUGGAGCAGAUCGGAGCGUCUGCGGCAGGGGUUCUGGUCCUGUCCUGGUAUCCUCCCGGCCUGGCUGACGACAAUGGGGAGCCCGCUGAGGAUUUGGUACCAGCUCUACUGGAUGCUGCAUAUAGACACAACCUCAAGGUCGCAUUUCACCUCCAGCCGUACCGAGGCCGGAACGACCAGAGCGUGCACGACAACAUCAAGUAUAUCAUUGACAGGUACGGUGACCACGGAGCCUUCUACAAGUUCACCACCAGCACCGGGAAGAGUCUUCCUCUGUUUUACGUCUACGACUCCUACCUAACGCCUCCAGAGGCCUGGUCUGAGUUCCUGACUCCCACCGGCUCCCACAGCGUCCGCGACUCGGCCUACGACUCCAUCUUCAUCGCCCUGAUCGUGGAGGAGCGCCACAAGCACGACAUUCUCGCCAGUGGCUUCGACGGCAUGUACACGUACUUCGCCUCCAAUGGCUUCUCGUUCGGCUCCUCCCACCAGAACUGGAAAGCGGUCAAAUCCUUCUGUGACGGCAACAACCUCCUCUUCAUCCCCAGCGUGGGGCCCGGCUACAUCGACACUAGCAUCCGGCCGUGGAACAAUCACAACACGCGCAACAGGGUGAACGGUCGCUACUACGAGACGGCCCUGCAGGCGGCGCUCAACGUGCGGCCGGAGAUCGUCACCAUCACGUCUUUUAACGAGUGGCACGAGGGGACGCAGAUAGAGAGAGCGAUGCCCAAAAAAACAGUGACCCGCGUGUACUUGGACUACCAGCCACAUGGACCCGACCACUACCUGGAGCUGACGCGCCGCUGGGCGGAGCAGUUCAACAAAGAGAAGGAGCAGUGGCUCAUGUGA